AAACCUUGAACAUUACGAUGACGACUGUACACAACACCUAACACAGAUAUCAGGCGUUUGUUUUGUUUUGUUUUCACAGAUUCAGUCUAGUAGGUCACAGCAACCGGCCGAGACUUGUGAGGACACGUCGUAUAUCUCCGCCUCAGCCCCAUAGGUCACAGAAGCGGCAGGCGCGUCACAUCGCCCGGGCUUGCCAGUCAACACCGGUACAUACUGGAACGUAGGCAACCAGAUGGUGAAACGGUACAAGAUGUCGUUCCCGUUAACGUUCCGGGAGGUCGGUGACGCUGACUAUGACGCCGUGAUGAGCGUGCUGCCUGACGCAUGGGAGGGCAGGGAUUUUUUACCUCACAAAUAUCCCGAGUAUGUUGCCGACCCAGACUGCACCUGCUAUGCCUGCUACGUGGAGGGAGACAUGGUCGGCUUUCAUGCCGCCCUUAUUGUUGACAACGGAGAGACUAUAGUGAGGAUCGGAGGUCGGGUCAAGGUUACUCACCAAGGUCAGGGCAUUUUUCAAGCCCUCCUCAGGCAUAUGUAUAAAGCACAUGGAAACAACAAACAACUGAAAUAUGAAAAUAUCGUCGUCCCCGACACUCACGCGGAGCGGCUGAAGCGGCAGUAUGUGGAGCAGCAUGGGUACUACCACGUCCUGCGGAAGAAAAGGUACUUAUACAAGUUAGAGUUAGCAGGUAUCCAGAUGGUCAAUCCUUGGCCGAAAUCGAAAGUGCCUUAUCGAGUGACCGCUAGCGACAUGGAGGCCAUCGUCUCGUCCGAAGGCAUCCGCAGGAGCCUCUUCCCAGACGGGCGAAUAUUCCUCCACUGUAAACCGUACAAGUUGGAAGCGUCAAACAUCAGACAUUUCAUGCAUGAAACUUUAGUUUUAGCUACUGUUAAUGGGAGUGAUCUCCCUUGUGGUAACAACGCAUGCGCAGAUGAUGCUGAAAGUACCCAAAAUGGCGGCCAUUCUAAUCGGUUUCUUGAAAGAAUAGUGCUUUUCUCCAUUGGGAACUUCUAUUACCAGAAAACAGGCCUACAUUACAACAUCGAGCUGUAUGGGGACGAUAUGGAAUCAUUUCCAGAGCACCUGAGUCGUCACAUGUCCCGCAUCAAGUCACUAGCAACACCAUCUGUUGACCUUGUGGUUUAUACUCAUGAGCGGGCGGAUGUCAGGUGCUUUGAUGACGCCAUGAACAAAUAUGGCGUAACGCGUGACGACGCAUACGUUGAAUCCAUUCACUUGUUUGAGAGGCCAUUUUCCAUAGCCUUGAAAGAGGCUGCAUCAGAGACAGCCUAAGAUUCUGUAUUGAGGCUCAUUUAGAGCUAUACUGAUGAACAAAAGAAAGGUAUCAUAUGGCACUGCUGAAGUGUUUACGUUUAGAUGUACCAGAUAUGCAAUUACAAUGUACCAUUGUAUCGCGAAUGUUUAAAGUACGCGGUUAGAGGUAACACUCUCAACAACCGCUGAUUGGAACAGCUGAUUUCAAACAGAACAUAAAUAGUUUAUAGAAUCCCAAAUGUUCACUUGGCAGUGAAUAUCAGGGCCCCGUUUCACAAAGCUCUCGUAAGCCUACGAUCUCGUAACUUUUCACGUAGCAUUCGUACCUCCUAUACUGUAACAAGGAGGUACGAAUGCUACGAGAAAAGUUUCGAGAUCUUAGGCUUACGAGAGCUUAGUGAAACGGGGCCCUGGAUGUUAAUUAACAAGUCUAUCCAAAUUGAUGUUUAACAUUGAAUAUCAGGACUGUAUUUUGUUAAACCUUCUCGAUUGUUUAAACAUUAUUCAUUUGUUUAUACAUCAUGUAUUCUUGAAAUAUACAUGUACUCAUAUCUUACGUCAUUGUCCUGAUAUUGCUGCUAUAAUGUUUGUGUUUGUAUCUUAAUUCAACACUCAUUGUUGUGACAUGGACACAUCAGGAAGCAACCUUUUCCCGAUCUUUUUGUACACGUGAGACAAAACCAAAAUCUGUGUAUGCCAAGGACAGUACUGCUGCACUGAGGCGUUUACCCACAUGACGUAAACAUCAUAGAAAUUAAUCCAAUCAUUAUUUACAUUAGAGGUUCGUAUUUCAAGAACAACUUCCAACUGAGACAGUUGAUUUGAGGGCCGCUUCAUCGGGGACGUUAACAUGUAUAAUCUGUUUGCAGUGAAAACGUACCGAUGAAUGUCACUUUAAACCCAAAAGUAAAACAAAUAAAGUGAAAUUAAGACUG